AUGUGGCCAUUUUUCUCUUGUUGCGUGCACCUCCGCGGGAGUUUAUUGCUCUCAUUUGUUGUGCACACUUUUUUGUUGUUGUUCCUUUUUUUUUUUUUUUUUGCCACUGAAGGCACCGGUGGUUCCCGACAGGAAGUGAUAAAUAGGGGGAGUUGUGUGUGCUUGUGUAGCAAAAGGGGUGGCUUAAUAAGAGGCAUCGCCGGAGAACGGAUAAUGCUGCUGUCGCAGCGUAUUGCUGCUCUCCAACGUGUGGAGUUGCAGCUUCGCCGUAUUCUGAAGGAGGAGGCUAUUCAGCGUUCCCCCUCUUUGUUUCACCCCGGCGUGGACGUAAGACAAAAUGGGGAGGCUCAAAGAAGAGCUGCCGUAAAGGACAAGUUGCUCUUUCGUCACGUGCCGGUGGCUGUUUCUCUACUGGAACGCAGUUUUCUCUCCCUUACAAGUGGCAAAAAAACGGCAGCGCAAAAAAGGCCUAAAGAGCACGAAACACAGCCGCCCAGGGAAAGGAGUACGAAACUUGUCCCACCGCCGUCACAGUCUCAUAGCGGUGUGGGACCAUCUUCUCCGGAGAAUUUCAAAACAGAUCUACAACAGGGAACCAUCUUAACGGCAUCCACUGCACUAAAGUCUCAGGGACAUUUUAUGCGCCAACCAGAGUAUGCCCUGCGUUUGCUUUCGUCGCUGCAUUUUAUGGAGCAGGAACGGCGAAAACUUUACCGCCAUCAUAUGAGUCGGUUGGAAUCCAGACUGCAGAAUACCGAGCAUGCGUUACAUACUGUACGGAAAAGACGGGAGGACACGGUUGCGUUAAACGCCGCCCGAGACGCUGUGACAGAAGCUAAGGCGGAUGUUACACUACUUCAGGGUUCUCUUCUCUCACGCCCAUACAUCUCGGCAAGGUUGUGGCGCCUUUUGUUGCGUGAAGAAAUAUGGGUGACAGCGGUACGGGAUUUCCGAAAGCAGAACGGCGUUAAUGGUGUCGGCACUGCCUCAUCGGUAAUUGUGAUGCUUCUCUCUCUUACUCGUCUCGGCUUUGGGGCACUGCAGGACUCUCUCAAAGGACAUGCAUUGAAUACGCGUGCGCCAAGGUUUGUGGCUUCUCUUCCCUCACGGAGGAUGCGGCGCAGGAAAUUGGCUCGAUUAGGAUUAAAGGGUGAAAAGGGCUUAACUGUUCCUGCCUCCGUGCUGGUACCCGUCAACUCGAAUGGAGAUAGCAAAGACCCGGCGAUGUUGAUGAUGAUGGAAAUGAUGACGACAACAUCAGAAACGGCAAAAGAGGAACCCCCUCCUUCAAGUGCUUCCAAAGCAACCGUUGAAGUAAGCAUAUCUGAAACGAAUUCUACGGGUGAUUCAAUGAAGAGGAUUCCGCCUCUGCGGUGGCUUCCACCCUCAUCUUGCGAAGUAAGCUCAUUGGUGCUGGAAACGCUGGCGAUGUGCUCCCAUGUCUUGCCAUUACUGGACGUAACUGCCAUUAUCACUUGUUGUGGAGAAGCGCAAGAGCUAUUUGAUCUUCUUUUGGUCUUGCAGGCAUCAGCUUCGUCGCUCUUGGUAUUAUACGCCAAUGAGGGGAACGGAGAGGCCACCAUGCACCAGACACUACGACGCCUGGAAGAUGCAAUGAUGAAGUGUGGUGAGAAUGCCAAGGGUGCCCUGGUCACACAGAUGAAUGAGAUGUCAUUGGUACUUCCUCCAGUAAAGGCAGCACGAUUGUUAUUUGGUCUGGAGUCGAUGAAGCUUAUUCAAACAGAAGAGCAUGUUUCGCAAAAAUUGCUCAUGCAGCUUGUUAAGUGCAUGUUUCCUCAGUUGUCGACGGGCACACAGAGGGCACUUUUGGAGAAGUCUAGACAAAAUUCUCUUUUUGCCUUUGCUACGCGGAGCCAACGGGCCAAGUUGCGUCGUGAGCAUGGUAAACAGGGUACUGAAUCUGCUUUUUUAAACUCCGUUCGGGCGAGGGUACGUUUGCAGCAGCGACAAAUGCAGGCGGCACUUCGGAUGAAGCACCUUGAAGAGGUCAAUAGUCAGAGUGUUGGGCAACUUGCAGAAGAACUUUCGCCACAUUCCCUUCUUAUUCUAUUUGACUUGCUGGUACGUGCGGCGCGCGAUGCACCGCGGCGGGGAAUGGAGGUGCAAAGUUGUUUCAUUACAGCAGCACUUUUUGUUGUGGAGGCAGUUUGUGUGGCAAGGGCACGCACCCCGUCUAGCAACAGCGGCACGACACUUCAGCCGGACGACUUACCAAGUCUUCUUUUCACUCUUAGUGUGCUGUGGCCUCUUGUGACAGAGCGGUACCAAAUGUUUCGUAAUGCACCGAAUGACCGCCAGUACAACCAGAAUCACGGUUAUAUUCCCCGCAGGUAUCGUGGUCAACAAGGAAGUGGUGUAGGCGACUCCGUGGCAAAGUCGGAGCUAAUGAUUGUGACUUACGUCACAGAUAUGGUUUUCAGUGCCGUUAAUGCAGCAAUGGCUGAGCGCGUGCAGCGGGCCGAAUCGGUUACCGAACCAAACAGUGAAAAAGAACUGGGCCAUACUCUUUCUUUAAAGGACAUCAUGCGAAUCGUUGACGCACUUUUUGAAUGGGGAAAGAAUUCACUGACGAAUAAGAACAGCAUGUCUUUGGAGACAACGGCCCGUCUAAUUAAACGACUCUUGGUGACUGAUUUGCAACUGUGGGACGAACUGCGUCAAUUAAACGAAACACGGCGGGAACAAUUCUUCUGCCGGCUGAGUGAUGUUCUUCUACGUUUGAACAUGAUGGACACAACUGUUACACAAGUCUUAUUUUCAGUGUGUUGA